UCGGAAAUUCUCACUCUCCCUUUCCUCUUGUUGCCGUCUCAUUUCUUCCUCCUGCAGUCAUCGUCACUCCAUCCUGCAGCUCAGAAGACGCGACGGGGAGCAGACUAACUGGCGAGGGAAGAUGAAGUCCCACUUGUCUGUGCGGGUCCUCGGUGCGGCUGUGCUGUGGCUGUGCUGUGGCCUGUCCCGCUCCAGCCCUCUCUUCUACAACGUAUCUGUGGAUGGCAGCGGCGAUGAGGCCGAACUGGAGCUCCUUUUCCCCAUCUCCUUCUCCACCCGCGCGCCCGUUCCCGUCAGCGCGGCCACCGAGCCCCCCACCCUCACCAACAGCAUCACCACCACCAUGAUCCGCCUGAAGGACUUCGUCCUGAGCCGGGUGGUGGACUUCCUGCAGGAGAACCUGCUCAUCAUCAUCGUCGUGACCUCCCUUCUCAUCGUCAUGGUCUUCAUCAUCUGCUGCGCCUCGGCCAUGAGUCACAAGCGCAAGCUGGAGGCCUACAAGCCCCCGCCCCAUCCGGCCAGGAAACACCCGGCCGGCAAAAACGGCGGCCGCAAAAACUCCGGCGAGCUCCAGGAGAGGCCGUACGCGGUGGACCACGUCAAGAGGGUCCAGACUCAGAGCAUGGCCUCCCCCAAGCACCUGCGCAAUCCUUCCAAGGCUCUGGUCGGAGAGCGGGGCCGGGAGGUCCGGUCCUCGCCCCGUCAGGAGGUCAGAAAGGUCCGAGACGCGGAGGAGGUGGAAAAGCGGAGAGAGGAGUCCAAGUACAAAGAGCAGGUGAAGCCCCGGGAGGAGGCCCAGCAGAGCCACAGCCCCAGCUCCAGCCAGCCGGUCUGCACCUGCCAUCUGAAGAAAGCGCAUCACUAGAGCCGGACCCGGGCUACACGGAUCAGAAAGUAUUAACGCGUUUUUAAGAGAAGCGUACCAAUCUAAACCACAAAAAAAACAAAACAACCAAAACACACAAAAUAGAAAGGGGACAGGAGGUGGAGAGCAACGCUGGAGUGUUCAGCUGUCUGAUUUAUACCAGUUUUAUUUCGCGUUUAGUUUUAAACACUAAGCACUAAGCUCAGUGCGCUCGCCCAAAAGUAUCUACAGUUUAGACAAAGGCUGAGACAUGAAGGGAAAAAGUAGGAAAGAUCCAUGUACAUGUGUGCCAGAAAAGCCAGGUGUUCUGUAAGUGGGUGGUGUAGAUUCCCAGUUGUCCAGUUAACCCUAACAUCUCCGUAAAUGUAAAAAAGGGAAGAAUGCAAGGAAGUGCGUGUAUAUACACGGAGGGGUGUGUUGUGUAAAAUCUUUGUGAACGAAGCAUAUGCAGUGGGCAGAAAAUGACAAGCUUUAAUCCCACAGCAUUAUUCA